UACUGUGUCGGUCGUGAUAUACUCUAGGUUUUCGGUUUAAAUAACGUGUGUGUGCGUGUACUCGAGUUUAGCGUGCGUUUCACCAUGAAAGCAUUCAUCUUAUUAUCCUGUGUAGCGCUGGCAGCUGCCAGGCCAGAGGCGGGCUAUGCUUACAAUAGGCCCGGCGGUGGUGGCGGUUCUGGUGGAUUCGGUGGUGGUUCUGGUGGAUUUGGUGGCGGUUCCGGUGGAUUUGGUGGUGGUGGCGGUGGUGGACUUGGCGGUGGACUAGGUGGUGGACUUGGUGGUGGACUUGGCGGUGGCGGCGGAGGAUUCGGUGGCAGCUCUGGAGGUGGUGGCGGUUUCGGCGGCGGCGGUUUUGGUGGCGGCGCCGGUGGUGGCGGUGGAUUCGGAGGAGGUGGCAUCGGCGGCUUCGGCGGUGGCGGCGGUGGUGGCGGUGGUGGUGGCACCACUCUCGUACAGAAACAUAUUUAUGUGCAUGUGCCACCACCAGAGCAAGAGGAAGUUCGUCAACGACCCAACAUACCCAUCGGUCAAGCACAGAAACACUACAAGAUCAUCUUCAUUAAGGCACCAUCCCCACCCAGUUACCAAGCGCCAAUUAUUCCCCUGCAGCCACAAAACGAAGAAAAGACACUCGUCUAUGUAUUAGUGAAGAAGCCAGAAGAUCAACAGGACAUCGUCAUUCCUACACCAGCGCCCACACAGCCCUCCAAACCCGAAGUAUACUUCAUCAAGUACAAGACCCAAAAGGAUGGCGGCGGUGGUGGUGCUAUUGGCGGUGGUGGAAUCGGUGGUAUUGGCGGUGGAAUUGGCGGUGGAAUUGGCGGUGGUAUCGGCGGUGGUAUCGGUGGGGGUAUUGGUGGUGGCGGCAUUGGCGGCGGUAUCGGUGGUGGUGAUGGAGGUUACUCCGGGGGUGGCGGUGGUAGUGGGGGUGAUAUCUCAGCACCUUCCUCCAACUACGGACCACCUGGCAAAUCUGGACCAUAUUAAGCAUAAAUUGCGGAGAAAAUUUGAGUGCAGCAAAAAAAAUGCAACAGCUCUAUUAGAUUGGACGUAAAAUACAAAAAACGACGACGAUAUUCGCGAACAAACCAAACGAACGGAAUGGUGCUGGGCGGAACUCAAGCACAUGAAAAAUAUAGCUAAGGCUGCCGGCUAGUCUUGUUAAACGAUAACACACUAUAAUUAUUUUAAUUUAAAUUUUUGUUUCGUCAUUGAAAUUCUGUUUAUUACAACAUCACGGAAACCGACAAAACCAAACCAAAAUGGAAACAAAACAGAACAGAAAUUGCAUAAAGCGCCGAUCAUGCUGUGACUAAACCAUAAGACAUAUGGCAGCUCUCAAACUGCCUUGAAAAAUGACCUUGACUUUGACAAAUUUGGCCCAAUUCAUUGCCGCGCUGCUUUCAUCUCACACUCGAUGCAAAACCAAGGUACUCCCUCGCGACUUUCGGUGCUCAAAUGUCUAAUGUCUGUGGUAAAUAAAAUGGAACUUGCCAAUCAUCCACAUUAUCCAGCAAGCAUAAGUUCAUCUUCAUCUCGAUUCUACUUCUCUACGACACUCUCUCCAUCCCACUCAAACGCUCUCUACAACGCGCCAUCUCUCGCAAUUGUGUUGUAUCUUGUUCUAUAAGAAUAUCACAUUUGGGCGUGUUAUCUUUUGUAUAUAAGCCAUUUCCCUGUAUAUCUCUACAUAUAUAUUGAUCUUUUUGUUGUAAAUGCGUAUAUAUAUAAUAAAUAAUUUGCUAGUUAUAAGUGCGAUGCGUUGAUUAAGAUAAUAACCCUCAUUAGACCCACUUAAAGCGCUGUCUACAUAUAUUGAUAGACGCAAGCCCAUAAUAUUACUUAUUAAUUUGCGAAAUAUGUAUUAAUAUUUAAGUUUUUGUAUUAUGCGCAGUAUAAAAAACAACGGUGACAAAAUUUAAAAAAAAAACAUGCAG